AUGACUCGAUGCAAUUCUACAGGAGAGUUGGAAUUUGAUCCAGAAAUCGAACGCAGUUUAUGGAAGUUGCGAAAAGAGUCACGUCAAGCAAGUUCUUCAUCUCCUGAUCUAAAUAUAGCCCUUGGUUCAGCAUCCCACAGCUCAUCCAGUGAUCCAGAUUCAGAGAUAGAAGAAGAGAUGGCCGCUGGCAGAACAUUAAAGGAGUUGGCUGCCCCUGAUUUUAAUCAGCAGCCUUUGUGUAUUCAGUACCCAACUUUAGAUGUUGCUUUUGAAUUGAAGUCUGGUCUAAUUCACUUGUUGCCUACAUUUUGUGGUCGUGCAGGUGAAGAUCCAAACAAACAUCUAAAGAAGUUUCACGUUGUCUGUUCAAGCAUGAAACCAACUAGAGUGACAAAGGAGCAAAUUAAGUUGCGAGCUUUUCCUUUUUCGUUGGGGGAUGAUGCAAAGGAUUGGCUCUAUUAUUUACCAUCGAGGACAGUCACAACAUGGAACGAGAUGAAAAGGAUGUUUUUAGAAAGAUAUUUCCCAGCAUCUAGAGCUGCCACCAUCAGGAAAGAGAUAAGUGGGAUAAGGCAAUAUAAUGGAGAGACGUUGUAUGAAUAUUGGGAGCGAUUCAAGAAGCCAUGUGCAAGUUGUCCUUACCACCAGAUAAGUGAUCAAUUGCUAAUUCAGUAUCUCUAUGAAGGAUUGCUGCCUAUGGAAAGAAAUAUGAUAGAUGCAGCAAGUGGAUGUGCGUUGGUGGAUAAGACUCCUGAAGCUGCCAAACAGUUAAUCUCAAACAUGGCUGCCAAUUCCCAACAGUUUGGUACAAGACAUGAUGCGCCACCCAAAAGGGUGAAUGAGGUAAGUACAUCUUCCAUUGAACAACAAUUAUCUGAUCUUACCUCUCUUGUUAGACAAUUGGCUGUAGGGAAUGCGCAACAAGUAAACGCUUGUGGGAUAUGUUCGACAAUGGGACACCAAACGGACAUGUGCCCAACACUUCAAGAGGAAGGGACUGAACAAGUCAAUGCAGUAGGAAACUUUUUUGGACCAUUGAGGCAACAUGAUCCUUACUCUAACACGUACAAUCCAGGUUGGAGAGAUCAUUCGAAUUUCAGUUAUGGAGGAAAUAGACAAGUAGGAGGUGGACAUAAUUUCUUCCAGAAUAGACAACAACAAAGUUUUCAACCGAAGCAACCUGCCUCACAGAUUUCAAACUCAUCCCUGGAAGAUAUAGUUAAGUCCCUUGCUUUGAAUACCAAACAGUUUCAACAAGAUACAAGAUCUAGUAAUCAAAGUCUGGAGAAUCAGAUGGGUCAAAUGGCAACUGCUAUAAGUCGUUUAGAGGCUCAAGUUGGAGGGAAGUUGCCUUCUCAAACAGUGGUGAAUCCAAAGAAGAAUGUGAAUGCAGUGACGCUGAGAAGUGGCAAGAAAGUGGAAGAACAAAGCUGA